AUGUCAAGCACGGCUACGGACGGCAUUCCUGGAUUCCACUGCAUUGUCCUCGACACGGCUGGACUGCGUUCUCACCCAUGCCUGCAGUCACUGCAAGCAAUGGUCAACGACGCCUUCAGAGAGAGUGAACACAAACGAUUCCCAACCACGGCUUCUGUGAUCGCAACGCUGGGCACGCAUGGACGGUGCAGUGUUAUUUUCCGUGAUGAGGACACUGCUUUGAUUAGUCCUGUAGCUACCGCGAUGGUUAAAUAUUAUAACCCCAGUGCGGGUCUACCAAGUCAGACAGCAGGCGGAGAGCCGAGCCAUGGCACCCCUACCCAUGACUCGCAGCCUGGCUAUGACAAGGAACCUGUACACCUCUUAUCGAUUCAAGACUGGGAGCCAGCAGCAGUUGCAGUUUUACCUGGUGAUUCCACGCUGCAAAAGUUAGGCCUAGCAAUCCACAGUGUGGCACGGCUGGAGCAGGAUCUAUUGUCGCGAUGGAAACAAGCAACCAAAGAGCGAGCCUUAUCGGAUACCAGGGAUGGGCCAUAUGGUUUCGGACAUAAUACCAAAGUGACAUCAUUAAAAUUCUGGAUCAGAGCAAAGGAGAGCCAUGCGCCAUACUGGGAGAGAAGGGGGUACAGGUUCGUCCACUCAAAAGUGUAUCCAAAGGGCGUUUGGGGGUCAGAAAAAGAACUUAGAGUCGUCACAUUAAACAAAGAUAUUCCAAUACUAGAAAUAUAA